GCCAUGUUUCAAAGAGGGGAGUGGAGACAUUGGACCACAAGCCACCAUGUGAUCAAAGUGCCGUCCCCUGCCUACAGCAACUGCUGGCAGUCUCAGAGGAUGGUCAAACACAAGGGCCGGAGCGGGAGCGCAUUCUUCUCAUAUUAUGGAUACGGCUGCUACUGUGGCCUUGGGGGCAAAAACCCCCUGGAUGACACUGACAGAUGCUGCCCGGCACACAACCACUGCUAUGAGAAGCUGAAGCAGUUCAUGCUAAACAGCUACCAGUCCCACAUCGACAAUGGGACCGUGGCCUGCCCAUGUGCCCCCUGCCCCGGUGUCAGCUGCCUCUGUGGGCUGCGGGCAUGGGUGUGUGACAAGCAGUCCGCAUUCUGCUUCAGAGAGAGCCUGCCCACCUACGAGAAAAACUUCAAGCAGUUCUCCACCCGGCCGCGCUGUGGGCGGCGUAAACUCCAGUGCCAGGCAGCCACGGGCCCCUUGCCGGGCAGCACCUGCUCCAGGGUCAACCUUUCGGGAAGCCUUCUCAUGCCCUCCCAACAGGCUCCAGUGGCGGCUGCAGUCACCGCUUGUAAGGACGCAGGUCUGAACCAAACUAACUCCAUGACAGGCUUCACGUUUCCCUCUGACCUUGGAGAGCCAGAACCUCCAUCCCUCUUCUCCGCCAUCCCCAGAGGGCACUAG